GAACUGUUACCAAGGAAAGCAAUGGAUUUCGAUGAAGAGAAUGCUGCUGCUAUUUCUCAAAGAUUGAAAGCCCACGGAGAGGCAUUUCUGCGCAUGUUCGAGGGCUCUGGGGAUGAGGCAGAAGAAAAUAAGGAGCCGUCUGCAAACCUGCGAAGGAACAUCGUGGAGCCUGAGAUCUCUGAUGAGGAAAAAAACAUCACCAGCAGUGGUAGAGAUUCUGAUGAGGAGCUGGAAUUCCCAAGCGGGACUAGCUCACAGCAGCGCAGUAGACCAAAUGCUAGCCAGAACGGAAAUCUGGGACUUGCUAUGUCCUUAAAGAAGCAGAGACGACUAAUCAUGUCGGGGAGAUCAAUCCAUGAGCAGAAAACCAGCAGCAGGGUGUCCAGGCAAGAUGAUGGCAGGAGGACAGAUCAUGAAAGAGAAAUCACAUCGCAGGACUUUGAGAAAAUGCGGAAAGAAGUCGACACGUUGGGUGCUUCGGCACUGGGGAAGCGGCAAAGGAAGGAUUUCGAGAACUCCAUGCUGCGGAGUGUCAAUGCAAGAGUUCAAAAGUCUCCACGCAUACCUGCCUCUAUCGGCCAAGGUCUGGCAAAGAAGCGAAAGCAAAGAGAAGAUGCAGCUAAGGAGCUUGCAAUCGAGGCAGGCAUGAUGCAGCGGAAGGGUCUUGGCAAGAAACGGAAGCAGAUGGAGAAGGCCCAGAGAAAGGGAUCAAAACACAAAAAGCGGCCUUGAAGGGCUGAGGCUCCAGCAGGAUGUGCCCUGACUCCAGGCAAUACCGUCAUGCGCAAUAGAUGCGCAAUUGUGCCGCGAUGAUCCAGCUGGGGUGUUUUGAGCACUUUGCUGACAUGCCGCAGUUUUAGAAAUAUUAAUAGGAACUCAUGCAAUCCCUGCAAAGAGGUCAGGGCGUACUGUUUAGCAUUCAGGAUGUGAUGCAGAACUCCAGCAAAUUUUGCUAUCAGGAUGAGACUCCUUUGAACAGUUCUUCUCCAAUCUACAUGCCCAUAGGGCUCCGAGCGUCUAGAGUCUAGAGUACUAGGCCUAAAUUUGUACUUCUUGCAUC